AUGGCAGUACGUCCUCUCAACUCUAGCCUCAUCUUUGACCGGCGCAUCAUCCUGGGUCUCGCCGCCGUCGUCGUCCUCGCCUUUACAUUCGCUUUCCUCUACUCGCCCGACCUGCGACCCAGCACCGAAUGGAUACCCCCGCUCACGUCCAAGCCCGAGCCCGCAUUCUCUGUCCCGCUGAAGAACGCCGACGACCCAUUUAUUGUCGAGCUGGACUACCUCGCCAUCAAGCCCAACGUCACAGACAAGGUCCGUUCCUACUGGAACAUCCCCUAUGCUGCAGACGCUGGUGGCAAGAACCGAUUUCGCGGACCGCAGCCUGUGAAUAGGACAUAUGGCAUUGGUCUGGGAGAGAAGCCUUUGGUCUGGGAUGGCUCGUUGGGCAUGUGUCCAAGGAUACAGAAGAUCAACCCUGCCGAGAGAAACAGAAAGGACAUCUCUGGACCCGACGUCCUGGGCAUCAAGACGCGGUCUACAGAGGACUGUCUGAGUCUCAAUGUCUUCACGCCAAUCGAUGCUGAGCCGGGCGACGAUCUGCCAGUCUUGGUCAACAUCCCAGGUGGCGGCUUCCACCUCCCUGGGCGCAGCAAUGGAGGCGAGAUGGUCGAGAAAGCGCGUCGUGAAAAAGGCGUAGACGGCAAGCUGGACAAGGGAAUUGUGGUAGUCACCAUGUACUACCGCAACGGCAUAUACGGCUUUCUUUCUGGCAAAGAGAUUGCAAAGGAUGGCGACUAUAACAAUGCCCUGCGCGACCAGCGAGCAACACUGGAAUGGGUACAGAAGUACAUUCGCUACUUUGGCGGCAACCCCGACCACGUGGUCAUCAUGGGCACAAGUGCGGGCGGCGCCUCAGUCAUGCUUCAGCUGACUGCCAACGGCGGUGACAACUACUACAACGUCCCUGGUACCGGCCGCAAGCCGCUUUUCCACGGAGCCAUCGCCCAGUCUCCGGCGAGUCCAACAUUCUUCACUCCAGAUCAAGCUGAGAAGUUUUGGAACGAAGUUGCAGACGGUCUGAACUGCACGGAUAUCGCCUGCGUCCGCAAUGCGGAGACUGGCGAUCUAUACUACGAGAACUAUCCCAUGUCCUUCCCCGGCCGCAACACUCCACCGCGGUGGAUGUGGGCUCCGACGACUGAGCCUGCAGGCGGCAUGUUUACUGAGCCCGCCCCCGCGGCCAUCCUGUCGAACCGCUACGCCAAGGUCCCAACCAUCAUUGGCUUUACCUCGAACGAAGGCUCCGACCAAGUCAAGAAAGCGACAGACAACGAAGGCGAAUUCAAAUCCUACCUCAAAGACCACUACCCGCUGCUCACAGACGACGACCUCGAAACACUGAAAAACACGUACCCCAACGACCGCCACUGGCCCGACAGCGGCAAAUGGUGGGACGCCGUCGCCAAAGCCCAAGGCGACAUCCGCUACAUCUGCCCCACGUAUCUCGCCUCCAACGCCAUGUCGCGCUUCAACCCGCCCGCCGUGCCCACGUAUCAGUACCAGUGGGACGUCAUGUGGGGCGUCGACAUUGAAAACGGCUACGGCACCAAGCACGCCGGCACCGUCGGCCAGGUCAUGGUGCGGCGCCAAAACGAAAUCUCGGAUUACUUCAUCUCCUUUAUCAAGUUCCUCGAUCCCAACCGUGAGCACCAGGCUAUUCCUCGGAAAGAUGUUAAAAUCGCCAAGUGGGAGCCCCUGGAUGACUCGGGUAGACGCAUGUUCUUCACGAAUAUCAAGGAGGGACAUCACCGCGGUGAUAGCAAGGAUGCGCUUGGCAAGAUGCGCACGGAAAUGAGGGGCCGUGAUGAAGAGCGAUUUAGGAAGUGCAAUGUUGUCAAGAAUAUGUUUAAGAGGCUGCAGUUUGAAGGUGUUGAGGCGCUAAAGUUGGAUUGAGCGGUUUUUUUACUUCUUGUUUCUCGGCUUCUUAUCUUAUUCUUAUUCUUCUUCUCUGAUCACACUUUUGUACCCCCUUUUUUUAUGAUGUUUUUUUUUCCUUCGCUCGUCGUCGGGUUGGCCAAAUGCAUUUCUAGGUGUUUAAACGGGUGAUGCUGCUGUCUUUCAUGUUUGCAAUUAUCGCUGUUUAUCCGGGCAACGAGUAUCACAAUUCAUGUUGUUAUAUUUUU